AGAGAGAGGGAGGGGGUGAGCUCAGAGCCCCAGUCUUAGUCUCUAUUGUGAGAAAGGAGAGCGAGAUAUUUUGCAGCGACACACAAACCGCCGUUGAGUUGAUUCGAGUCGUACCCAAAUCAGGGAAAAAAGCAAAAACAUGGAGGAGGACAUGGACGAGGGACAGAGCCAGAAAGGAUGUAUGGAGUGCUGUCUGAAGUGUCUGCGUGGGAUCCCGUACCCGUCUCUGAUCGCCACCAUCUUGCUGUACGCGGGCGUGGCUCUGUUCUGUGGGUGUGGUCACGAGGCUCUCUCCGGCACCGUCUCAAUCCUACAGAACUACUUCGACUUGAUCAGGACUUCUGCAGACUCGCUGGACUUCUUCACCAUAAUUGACAUCAUCAAAUACGUGAUCUACGGCAUCGCCUCGGCUUUCUUCGUCUACGGAAUCCUGCUAAUGGUCGAGGGCUUUUUUACAAGUGGAGCUAUUAAAGACCUGUAUGGAGAUUUUAAGAUCACCGCCUGCGGUCGCUGCGUUAGUGCAUGGUUCAUCAUGCUGACGUAUAUCUUCAUGCUGGCCUGGCUGGGAGUGACGGCCUUCACCGCUUUGCCCGUUUACGUCUACUUCAAUAUCUGGAAUAUUUGCCAAAACAACACUGUACCAGAGGGAUCGAAUCUGUGUCUGGACCCACGCCAAUUCGGUGUUGUGACUGCCGGAGACGUGAAGCCGGUGUGUUCAGGAACUGAGAGAUUCAUCCAAAUGUGUCAAUCUAAAGAGCUGGAUAUGACCUUUCACCUGUUUGUGUGCGCGCUGGCCGGAGCCGGAGCCGCUGUCAUCGCCAUGAUCCACUACCUGAUGGUUCUGUCGGCUAACUGGGCCUACGUGAAGGACGCGUGUAAGAUGCAGAAAUAUGAAGACUGCAAGUCCAAAGAGGAGCAGGAGCUGCACGACAUCCACUCCACACGCUCCAAAGAGCGACUCAACGCCUACACAUAAAGCAGGAAGUAGCACAGAAAGGGGCGGAGCCUCAGGCACUGGCUGGUGCCGUACAAUGACCAAUGGUGUGUCACAUAACCAACCCCAUGGCCAACCCUAUGAUUAUUAAUAUUAUUCUUACAAUUAUGUCUAACUAGUGGUGGAUUUUUUUAAUUUGUAUUUUUAUGUACGCUUACAUGAGAUUGAAAAAAAAAUGUUUAUAGCUUCUUUCUUUUUUUCUUCUUUUUUUUGAGUCAAACCCUUUUCUUUCCCUUUUUUAAGACAUCAGUAUUAACAUGCGUUGUUAUUUAACGGGUCGGUUGUAGGGUAUAAAGCACAUUUUUUCAUGUGUGUUUGUGUUUGCAGUGCUUUCAUUUUAAAGAACUUCACACAUGAAUGAAAAGAAAAGGUUUAAAAAAAGUAAAAAAAAUUUUUGUUUUUUUUGUUGUUGGUUUUUUUUUUUUUUUUUUUUUUUUUAUCUGUGAGAGUUUUGGCCCAGAAACAGCAGAUUGCUUGUACAUUCUGCAUUAUUUUGGAAAUAAAUAAUACAAAAAAAGUGUCAAAAAACAGAAAAAAGAAAGACAAGAUUAGUAAAAAAUGAUGUAACAUAAAGGGUUUAUUUAUUAUUUUUCUACAGAUAUCAUUACAAAACGUAUCCAGACAAAAAAAAAAAAAAGGGUUAUGAGUUCUUUACUAGCAGUCGCACAGCCUACAGUGUUUUACCCCUCUUUUAUUUUUUUACAGAUGAUAGUUACAGGUAAGUAGACCGUAAUUUUCAAUUUAUUUACUUUGUUUUUUCUUUCCUUUUCUUUUCUUUUUUUUUUAUGUAUAUAGCCAUUCUGUAAAUGCACACAUGUACUGUAUGGAAGCACUUCGGUUUCAGGUGAAUUCAUAUACAAUUACAUUCCAUGUUACGGGGAAAAAAAGGGAGAUGGGUGGAGGAGGAGGGGAUGGCGUUCCAUCAAGAAAAAAAAAAAGAAAAAAAAAAAAGAACGAAAUUGGUGUUUGUGGUGUUUUUAAAGGGGGCAUGACAACUAAAUCAAAUAUUCAGAUGCUAUAAUAAUCACAGAUGUACGUAUUAGAGCCCCAGACACACGACACGAGUUAAAGGCCAACGGCACUUACUGCUCAAAAGUAAGUGCCCUCUCAGAUUCAGAGAAUAGCUAGUGAAAGAUAAUGACUUUGAGUAACGCUAUAACGAGUCGUUAGUUUGAAAACGCAAAAAAAAAUAAUAAAUAAAUGAAUAAAAAUUGCACACGGAGGCACACACCCAUUUUCACGUUUUUAUUUUUGAUCUGAGAUCAUUGAUACGUCGAUGAUAAUAAGACAGUAAUCAAAUACGUUGUCUAAUCUACUUAUCUCGUGUUUGUGGAGAAAAUCGUCUGGAUAACAAUGUUAACGAGUCUCUGAGUAACGCUAACGACGUAGCUCUUUUAAAACCAGCGAAAUGUUGUGAGCAGAUGCGCAGAAAAUUGUUGCAGAUCAAAUUCCUCGACGUUCAUCGCCGCAAAAUGUUAAGGAAGGAAUAUAUAUCUGAGCGAACGACAUCUUAACUGAACUUUGUUGAAUAAAUUGUCACGUCUAGGAUCCUGACGUAGCGAGGACAUUGAUUGGAUUGUGAAGGAUUCUUUGGGUGACGCUAAUGACUCGUAUAUUUAAAAAAUAAAUAAAUAAAAAAAUGUGAAAAUUGCACGUAAAUUUGUUGCAUCGUUGUUAAUUAACGCCGAAAUUGAUCGGGCAUCGUUUGUAAAAAAAAACAAAAACGUGUGUGUAUCGAACAUCAUCGCCUACCCAGAGCUCUGAUAUGUACAUCUCUGAUAACACUAUUAUUACCAGGACAGUCACAUGACAGCUGUCUUGCGUGAAGUCAUUAUAGUGCGGGACGACUGAGGUGUGAUGUCAUCCUUUCAUCCGCUCUGUUGGUGUUUAAGAGUUUUUCGUGCACUUAUUCGCCCAUUAUCGUGAGCUCUUUCUCAGUGUAAGUGCAUUGGGAUCUUUAUCCGGAUCCCCAUAAUGAUGUUAGGUGAAGACUGUGAACCUCGGUGUUAAUUGUGGCAUGGAUCAUGCAUUUAAUGGUUACUCGUUUUUAACGGAUCCAAAAAAGAAAAAAAAAAAAAAAAAAAGAGAAAAAAAAAACACGUUCUUUUUCCGAGUUGGUGAAGUUGCGAGUGUGUCGCUGGCUCAUUCUCUUCUCUCCCGACGUGCAGUGAUUGAAUCCUCUUCCCGCCGCUUUGCUCUCGAUGGUAGUGUUUGAUUUGUUUGUAAGUGUGUUUAGUUUGUGGUGAAGUCCUACUCUGUCCCCUCUCUUCCCUCUCUCUCUCUCUCUCUCUCUCUCUCUCUCACUCUCUCUCCUUCUUCUUGCAUUCGUCUUUUGUACACUCCCUGAACAAUGCGUAGUAGCACACGCUGUACCAUGACUCUGUUUUGUACAUAAAUGUGCCGACCGCUUGACAGUGGCUUUUCUGAUAUGCUUGCGUGAAAUAAAAUAAACACACUGGUGUAAUUGGUAAUAAA